AUGCACAAUACGGCUCCAGUCUUUUGUUGCUCACAACGACAACAGCUCUGCGAGGCACUGGUGAGGCAGACAUGUCUGUUUGAAGGGAAACAGAGAUUUCUUGUAAAAAGUGUUUCUCUGGACAAAGACACAGCCACCGCUGAGGUUAAGAAGCUGAUUUUCCAAGGCAGAAAAUCAUACAAUCAAAAGUGUUUUGUGGAUAUAGCAGGUGGAUUUGGGUUACAAUCAGAAGGAAAAAUCCACAAAGGUCGUACGGUCCAGUUGCCUGCAGCAGAAACCUGUGGCCCAACCACGUUUCGCAGCUUCCGACUCUCUUGCUCCUCAGAAAAUGGAUUCUGGACUGUUUGUCCUGUAAGGAAAAAUGAAAGAAGUUCAACUGUCAAAGUGAAGGAGGCCCAAGCCUUGGUUCCUGUUGGUGGUCAUGAGACAUUUCAAUUUGGCAUUUGCCAUCGCCAGAACAGAACAGAUUUUGUUCAAAAAUACUAUUCCAGUGGGGUGAGAUUUCUAACUGUAUUCCCUGAUGGAUCAGCCCAGUGCCUUUAUCCCUCAGGCCUCUUGGCACUGAUAGUCGUGGUCACAGAAGGAAAUGGAGGAGUCUGCAUCCUGUAUGAUGACAGCGAUGUCCCCAAGCGGUCGAUCAGAGCUGUGUUCCAGUCUGACGGAAGAGCAACAUGCUAUCACAGCAGUGGAAACAUAUGGUUGUCUUUAACCAAAACAGGGGGUCAGUGUUUGGAUGAAGCCGGGGCCAGAGUUCGUCAGUGGACCUGGAGCAGCCUGACACACACACCGCUGCGUCCUGUCUUCCUGUCCCUCAACAGAACUCUGGGAGUCAGAGUACUUGGACCGAAACAAGUGUUUGUUACUUUUUUAGCACAAGGAAAACAAGCAAAAUUCAGCGUGGGAGCCUGCUGUGAUCAGAUAGAGGAUGAUGCUCAAAGACCUGUCUCACAAACCAAGGAGGAGCUGUUUGUGUUAGCCACCAGGAUGAAGAUCCACAUGACCAUUCAAAACCUGCACCAGUUAUUGAAGACACCCUCCUGCCCUAAACUGCCCAAAGAGCCCCACUGACUCACAUCAGAUGCUCCAAGACAUCAGUACACAUGUGAGUGACGGUGAAAGAGACUUUGCUCUCCUUGGAAAUGAAUAGCUCUUGAUGGUAGACGGUAUUGGAGACCAAAGGUCAAGGUUAAAUCUUGGCCUUGACAUUAAACUUAAUGCGACAGAAACCUUGGGGCCAGACACUCAAAUAAAAUGAAAUAAUCAAAUUUUUGUCUGAUAUUAUUAUUUGAUGUUAACUGUGGAAUCCCAUCGUGGGCCAGAGUUGAAGGUUGAUGAUCAACGCACAAAUAAUCCUUACAACUCAGCCCACACAGUGUGGCACUGGUACUUUACUGUUAAAAUCUGACAUUGUACCGACAUCAAGACAUCUCUUUGGCUUUUAUCUACUCCUAUCAGUGCAGACUAAAGCCUUGCUAACAACAUUAGGUCGACCAGAU